AUGGCUUCUUCUUCUACUUCUCCAAUAUUGUUGAUGAUCAUUUUCUCAAUGUGCCUUCUAUUUUCCUACUCAGAAUCCACAGAAUAUAUUGCUGGAGAUACUGAAAGUUCAUGGAAGGUUAACUUUCCAUCACGUGACGCACUCAUCGAUUGGGCCACUAGACACCAAUUCACAUACAGCGAUACUGUUGUCAAUGAGGAUGAGGAUGAGGAUGACUGUAAUACAAAGAUUCAUUCCAAGCUAGGUGAUAUGGUUGUUACAAAGAGGCCUCUAUUUCUCCCACCUUUGAUUACCUUGCCACUGUCACCUUCACCUGCACCAGCACCAAAUUCGUCCGGCGCUGCUGCUGGCCGUGGAUUCAUCGUGUUGUUGGAGGUUUCAUUGGCUAUGUUGAUGUUCUUAAUUUGGCUAUAG